CCUUGCGUAAGAUAUAAAACAGUGGUUAUAUUCAAUUAAACAGUUCACAACGAAGUUCGAGUUCGUAGUGGAGUGUUCUUGAAAAAUUUUGUCAAUCAUCUGCACGUCUUCUUGGAAUAUUCUCAGGUGGGUGGAACGGAAAUGUUGGAUAUUUGACUAUAAGCUGAGAACGAAACUUGCAUGCAUGCAAUAAAUAAAAAUAAACUAUAAUCGAAAUUGUCUAAUGUAUGCUAGCCUGCUCACAGACGUUGUAGUUCUUACGCCAAGCGACGAAAUACUCCCGUCUGCUUACCCGAGCGCCAAACUGAAUUCCGCCACGUCGACCAAUCAGAAUUUACAUUCCAAAAUCAAAUUCUGGAAAGUGACGUCAGUUGAUUUAGGAGCGGAAUAAAUAUAAAUAUAUAUUUUGAAAGCAGUCGUCGGUUGCAUUUUGGUCAAAAUUGCACAUAAGUUGUCCAGGUAAUAAAAUGCACCAUUAAUGAUCAUAUUUGGAUAUUAAAGAUGUUCGGUUAUAUUUAAAACGCGGACAGGAUUGGCAUAUUUAAUAUACUGUAUGAAUCUUAGCCAGACAGCACCAAAUGCCGAAUACAUUUUCAUAAUGUAACCAGUCACUGAGUAGCCCUGAUAGGGAGUAGUGUGCUGUGAAAUAUCUGUAUCUGUAUCUGUAUACUUCGCUGAAAUUUUAACGGUUUAUCUUUAUAUAAGACAACAGAACUCGGAAGACAGAAACAAACCCGAGAAACUUGUAUUAAAAUUGCGCCGUGAUGAAUUUUCCAAUUCGCCCAAACUUCGAAACGUUUAUACUCUAACUUGGCUAUACUUUUCUACAUGACAAUGAAAGCUUAAUCUUUUAGAAGUUUUCGUCGAAGUCAUGGCAUAUAGGAAGUAUCAAGAGCAACAUUUGGACAUAUCCUGAUAUACUCGAGUUUCCCGAUUGAUUGUUUGUCAUUGUUAACAAAAAUUUAAAUUUCGCCUACUGCAUUGCUUUAGCACUUUAUAUACACCGAUUGUUUGCUGAACAUACGAGAAGAUGAUCACAAUAUUAUUCUACGUAAACAUCGUGAAGUUCAACGCUAUAGUUUCCAAAAUAUAUCCACGCAAGUAAACAAAUUUCAAGUUUCAACCCAAACAAUAUAUUCCAAUGCAUGUGCAAGGACUUUCCCCAGUAGCUAAUCUCUCAAUAAGGCGGCUUCCAAUUGGCUCUAACUUUUUUGAACAAUGCCAGAUGAUUGGCUCCUAAACCAAAGGGAAUUGAAUAUGCAGCUCGGGUAAGCAGACGGUAGUAUUUCGUCGCUUGGCGAAAGAACUAUAACGUCUGUGAGCAUGCAGGCUAAAUGUAUGCCUACAUCAGACCGGAUCUGAUCGAAAUUUAUCAUUUUACCUUAUUUUACUAACUAACUAACUAACUAGCUAACUGACUAACUAAAUAACAAACUAACUAAUUGAACCAACCAACUACUUAGUUGUAUAAUUUUCACUGCUAGACCAAUUUUUUUGCACGCGUAUCUAUGUUUAUGUUAUAGUAACAGUGUUUGAUAUAUUCAGUUGAAUGAUCAAACUGACACAAUAUAUCUUUCUUGCCCAAUCUUGCAUGUGAACGAUCUACUAAUACUGUAAAUAAACUAUAUGCCAACGUGUAAAUUUUUGCUUUCCUUAUAGCAGAAAGUGCGGUAAAAUCACCAGGAAAUUAAAACAGAAAUAUUUAAAAGUUAUCCCAAAUAUAGGGUUCUUUCUAGGUUAACUAGAAAUAUUUAACCGCGGUUUUCUUAGUUGAGUGUAUCUUGUGUGAAAAUUUGUUAUACAAUGAUAUGGAUGAACAUUUUUCAAACUUCGGUAAAUUCCACCGUUAUUUAUAGAGAUAACUCUGAGCAUAAUCUGACUAUCAAGCCGUGCACAUCAAAUUAACGAACCUUCCUAACGAAGAGAGAAGUUCUGUGACUGUGGUCAUUAUUGAACGAAAAAAUGUCUUCCAAAAUCUUGUUGCUGCUGUGCCUUGUUCAAUUUGCACAUGCUGCAGGUAAGAAUUUAUUUUGAAAUAAAGAUUUAAAAGAGAGAUAAUUCCCAAAGCAAGGUGGGUGGGUUGAUUGUGAUUGUUUUGUGAUUGGCCAGCGCCGCGUUCGUUUCAAUUGCACCCUUGAUUAUCUUCGGUAAAAUUUAAUAUAUAUUCACUUCAUUCUAAUUUAAUUGAAGCUCUGAGAGAACAUUCUUUAUCUUGAACUUGUCAGUUUUCUGUUCACAUUGGUAUAGCUUCAUUCGAUAGGCGCUGUGGGUUUUCAACUGUUUGAUUGCUUUGGUAUACAGCUAUUUCAAUUAAGGUUGUCCACGAGCAAAGCGGAACAGUCGAAUACGAGCGCGCAAGGCUGCUGGGAAUCGCUAACAAAUUAAUGAAUUUUCAAAGCGAUUCCCAGCAGCCUUUCGCGCUCGUAUUCGACUUUUCCGCUUUGCUCGUAGACAACCUUAAUUGGAAUAGCUGUAUACUGUACUAAACGCAAGUAGUCUUAUAAUCCCGCUCCCUGUGCAUGACUGUCCGAUAACUAUUGUCAAUUUUGACGGCAAAUGAACAAAAGGUUCAGUUGCGCGAAAGAAGUGAACAGCUUUUUUGACAAGGCCCAUCCAUUAACGCAAUCAUCACAGCUGACUAAAAGUUAUAACAAGUAAUUGCAGUAAUUGUAAUCAACAUUACAUGUUGCGAAAAAAUGCAACUAUAGGACCUCUGGCAGGAAUCGAACCAGCGGCCCUUCCAGGCGCAGCGCUUUAGCUAACUGAACUGUAGAGGCCAGUUGUCGAGCUCACAAGUUCAUGUUUUGGUCGGUACUGCCAUGGUAGGUUAUAGAUCAAAAUACCGUUUUGUCCCCGAGUCGACGGCGCGAAGCGCAGUGCGAGGGUACUAAUUCUCCCCGCUAAUUAACAACCGGGGAAAGGGAAGCAUUAGCCAAGUCUAAAGUUCAUCAAUGAGCGCGGGCGUCGGUCACCAACCGUGGGUGGUCAUCCUCACUGAUCUCAAAAAUAUGGCUGUUUGCAAGGAGUGGGAUAAGCAAGAUUUCAAUUUUCAAAAGCAUAUAUUUGGAAAAUCACGUUUUACACAAUGAGCCUUGAAGCAAUUUUUGUUUGAAGAAAUGAGAAGAAUUGAUUGACUGUGGAAAAUCGUGGAAUAUAGGGCAAGUUUGCUUUGAAUGUUUAAUGUUUAUGAGUUGUUGCUUUUUAAAUUGAUUGCGUAAAAAUGCACUGCUCUCCUUUUCAAUGAAGCUGUAUUAAAGUUUGCAAAUUACCCUGUUUAAUUUAAGAAUAAAAGGUAAAAUGUAAAGGAGAGCAAAUUCAUUUGAAAACCGAACUGAAUUUACUCGACAAUUCGAACUUUGUUUUAUAAACUAUAUAAAAACCCUUACAAUUUUAUAUCGGAAAAAGCAGUUUAUAGUUUAAUGUCAGUUUUAUAUCGGAAAAAGCAGUUUAUAGUUUAACAUUAAAAUGAACAUUUCAAAACAUUUUACGAAGCGAUUCACGUUAAAUUUUACUUUAAAUCAAAGCUCACAAAAUGCAGAACAACAUAACUACAGUACAUAUUUCGGAAAUUCAUUGUUUUAUAGUUAAAGGCAAUAAUCUUUCAACUAUUUUUGGCGUGUUGUACAAAAAAUAUAAUAAAAAUUAAAUUUAUCGUGUUGCCAUGGAAACACUGACGUAAACGCGAGCCUGCGUUCAGUCCCAGGUUCACACAGGUUCAGUGUUGAUCAAUUAUUAAUACUUCAUGUUAAAUCAAUGUUUGGAAAAUACAUGCGGGGGGUUGCUGCAUGCAUGUAUUUCUAGUUUAUGAGUUAAUGAAACGAAAGUUGAUGUACUUUGGGCAACAAGACUUUGGAGACCUAUAAUAUGUGAAAUGUGAAACAUCCUUCCUGUUAGCUGUGGUUUCAAAUAUCGCUUUUGCCAAUAUAUUUCGUAAUUUCGAGGUUUUCUGUCCUUUCCGGACAAUAGUGACGUAUAUUACUUUUGAACAAGUGGUCAAAGGUCAAAAAAGAUUUUUAAAUAUAAAAUAUUUAAAAAAAUUGUCACUCAAGCUACGAAACUAUAAUGCAGAGACUCCAAAAAGCUAAAAUAUUUUUGUUAAAAAAUCUCAAUUGAGCCUGGAAGAACCAUAUAGGGCAGUAAAGGCCAACAUCCGACAUGAUUUUGGCGAAACCUUUUUUAUGGCAAACACGUUCUCCAGUAACAUGUAUAGUUCAGCGCCUUGCCACGAGCCACGAUGUCCUGUCGAGAAGGCUGUAAUCCGGGCAGUAAUCGUAUCGCCUGGAACCAAGUAAAACAAAUGUCCACUUGAGCAAGCAACCCCUCUUAAGCCAGACUUCCGAUCCGUCUGAAAUUAGACUGUUCGUAUAUUCAUCACGGAUGCACCUCGAUGCAUUGCGUGGCAUUUACAUGGCCAAUUACAUUUUAAUAUCUGGACAUUGAUUCGUAUAAAAACUAGUGAAAAAAUUUCGAAAUUUCCCCACUCGCAUAAAUUCAGAUCAUUCUCGGGGCAUAAAAAUGAAUUCUAUGCUCUAAAUCAGAAUUAGAGUUAACAAUCGACCAACUAAAGACGUCGAGACGUGUCGUGGCAGGAGGGGGGCGGGGGGCGGGGGGGGGUGACAUGGCCAAAUACCCUUUCCGACGAUCUGGAUCAAAUUUCCAAUUUCUCAAUUUUCCUAUAGUCACAUUAAACUGUAAGUAACAACACUUAUCUUCAUUGUUGGCCAAUACUAAAAUAUUGAAAUGUUGGGUAGGAAAGAGUCUAAAGGCGGAUUUCCAGUCCUCGCACGAAGCUCCUCGCAGCUCGCUGCGAAUGCAUGCAUGAGCACUUUCAUCCAAUCACAAUGCUAAACCAUAGAAUAAAGAUUCUUGUUAUAUAGCUAGCGUGAAUACCAAGCGUGAUUGGCUGAUUUGUGAUCACGUGACUUCAGAUAAAUGCAAUGUUUCCCGCCGGGCAACAAGUGAAAAAUUGUUGCCCGCCCCGACCAGCCACGUACAUAAAUAAAAAAAAUGGAGGCGCAACUCAGAUAAUGAGAAACUACGAUUUUCCAAGUUUGUUCAAAUAAAGAAUAUAAAAGAGAAGAAAAAUACACAACAGGCAACAGGAUAUGCUGCUGAAACCGUUUAAGUAGGUUCUUUUAAUUUUAAACUCGUUUACACUAUAGAGUUUUUGUCACGAAAUACAAUUGUUGUAUGAAUGUUGUUGAAGUUGAUUUUUGUUCGUCGCUAUAUAACAAAACACUUAAUGCCUGUUCCCUCGGGAAAUAGUUAGUUUUGUUUUCCCUCGAAUCUUAAUGUUUCCCUCGACUUUGUCUCGGGAAACAUUGAGAUUCUCAGGAAAACAAAACUAACUAUUUCCCUCGGGAGCAGACAUUAAGUGUAUAUUAUUAUUAUUAUUAUUAUUAUUAUUUAUUGCAAAUAUCACUUUUUAAAGGUAAUUUACAACUGGCUACUUACUUACUGGUAAUAUAUACAAAUAACUAAGAUAACAUAUCGACAUGCAGUACAACGUUUGAACAGUUAACAGUUCUGGAUUCAUCCAUUCCUUGUUUCGGUAACAAAAAAAUAAUACAUUGUUCGGAUUGCAAUCGUCGUCAUUCUUCUAAUACAGUAAUUCUGAUGAUAUUUUCAAAACCAAAAUCAUUAAGCAUUUCUAUGAAGGUAGAACAUUCUUUACCGAAAACACCAAGAUAACUAAUUGAAAGAUUUUGUUUUCACGCUGGAAAGUGUUUUUUGACUUUUUUACUGCUUUAAGUAAGUGCUUUUAUUCUUCUCUACUGCUUUAAGUGCUUUUAUUCUUCUAUCUUCCCAAGUUUUCCUGAUUUUAAACACUUGUUAUUAUAACUUCAGUUUAGUUUGUUCUAAAAUGUUUGUUUUGGUGAAGAAUACCAGCGGUACUGAAGUGGUUAGCAAUACUUGCAGUUUUGUUGAUUUGUUAUGGCGACGAAACUAUUUGUCGAGAAUCAACUAUGGAAUCAACACGUGCAAAAUUUAGCGAAAUACAAGAAAAACAACCUUGUCAAAAAAAUAUAGUGAAAAAAAUAGGAUGACGUUCAUGGAAAACAAAAUAGACAGACAGAACAGGAACAUGACUAGUGCUUUGUCUGUGUUUCCACUCUGCAAAAUUAAUAAUAGGAAAAUUUGCAUGCCCUUUUUACCUCACUAAUUCGAACCCGAAACCUUCAUGGUAUACCUUAAGUGCAGGGUUACCACGUAAAAAAUGUUCAAUUGUUUAGUUGAAGAAUGCACAGCUACCAAAAAAAUAAUUGUAACAAAAAAUUGAUAUCUCAAACAAAGGCAUGUCUGCCAUAUGUCUCUGCCGCUGGACUUCUAGCUUGCAUGCAUCUUCUGGGUUUUUUUAUUAUUUAUUGUAGGAUCCAGUUUUGCAAGUAACAAUCCAUUUGGAAGUGUUUUGUCAUCAGUACUGCUCUGUUUUGCUGGUUCAGUUAUUCAAAAUCUAAUGUUGGGAAUUCCUCUUGCUAAACCAUUUGAAAAUAGCAACCUUAUCCUCAUCCUUAUUUUAAUCUGGUGAGCCAACUGUUUUAUCUAGCGGACAUGUUAUUUGAAAUCAAUUUACAGUGGAUGACCAAAUGAAAGAUUAGGGCCCAGGUAAAAUCACAUGAUACCGAAUACUGCUUGAAAUCGGUUGCUAAAUAAAGAUUUGAAACAACGUUUGCAUUGUGUAAUUCCAUAUUGAGUCAUGUUACAUUUUGAACGAAAAUAUUCACAUCCAUUCAAAAUUAACCUCCUCCACAGGCAUCUCUAGGGAAUCUGGUGGAUCGGCUAAUUCAAAAUAACGUUUCAUUAUACACCGGUCACGGUGUCUUUAGGUUCGCCCAAGUGCGACUGACUAAGUUUGUUAUUUUACUCUGUCUAACGCCAGACAAUUUUACUUGUCAAGGGAUAGUCACUAAUGGGUUAAAAUAUGUCUUAUUUGAAAUCUUUUCUUAUAUUAUUUGCACUGAUGAAGAUUCAGGAUCAAAUACUGUGCAUAAUUAAACAUGGUUUUCUUAUUUAUUUCAGGUAUUUGAUGCAUUUCUGUCCUUUGGAUCUUUUUACAAGGCUUCUAACAUUCAUUCCUAUUCGGGUAAAUACUGAAUUCAUUUAUAUUUCUUGUAAAUUAGAUUACUAAUUGUAGCUCUUGAACAAGGAAACUUCUGGUUAUAUGAUACAGUAACUCAGAUCCAGGUGAACCAGGGGCCGGUUGUUCAAAUAUAUAGAUUAUAUAGCUCUAACCCCGGCUGUGCCAAUAAUUAACCUGCUGAUGUAGCCUGUGUAUUUCUGCACGUCUGUUUGUUUCAAAACUUUAGAAAAUACAACUUGUACAUAUACAAAUACAAAUUUCUUGGAAAAUAUUUGUUUAGCUAGUAUCUAACUAGGACUUGGACUUAUUAACCAAGAAUCAGAAAAAAGUUUUAUCCUCGCCUACGAAGAAAGCGCAAUAUAGUAGGUAACAGAGAAGACCUUCUGGCGCUAGUUGACCUAAAGCCGGUUAACUUACUCCUAGGUUAACGGAAAAAUUCAAAUAGACGACCGGCCAACAUGCCAAAAUACGCUUUAAAAACCUUUGAUGGCAUUUCGUGUUACAAGCAUGCAAACAACAAGUAUACUGUAAACAAAUUGUAGAGACACUUAUCUCAUAUUUUAGAGCUGUUUGCACCAAAGAUUAAGCCGUUCAAGCUCAAAUUUUAACAAUUUUUGUAGUUCUCGAAAGCUUUUUGAAGUAUGCGGCAGCAUAGCGGCAAAAUGCUAAGAUAAAUAAUAAAAAUAAACUGAGGAGUAAAGAGUGGGCAAAGAACUGAGAUUAAAGUACAUACAGUAUAAUAAACAAUUGUUGAAUGAGGUCGAGUGGGAUAUGAGGAAUUAUUAAGGCCGAGGUUUGUGUUAUCUGCCGAAGGCUGAGCCAGAUAACACAAACCGAUGCCUUAAUAAAUCCUCGUAUUCUGCGAGAACCGAAUUCAAUAAUUGUUUUAUUAUUUGUUUGUUGGAAUACACAAAAAAGGUCGGCGAACCUUUCCUUUGAGGAAGCCAUUUGUAUUUUCCCGCUUUUGGCAUAAGCCGCAUAAAGUAGCGUGACGUCAUAGCGUGUUACAUUGUUUUUAAUAUACCAUGAAAUUACGUCAAACGUGGUAUAUUUGUUUUCAAUAUUCCACGGUGAUGUCAUAACUCCAAAUUUGGGCAGCUACCGAGCGUAUAUGAUGAUUUUACCAACAGCUCUUAGCCAAUCAAAACUCUUGAAUUAUUUUCAAUAAAAAAUAAUUGAGCUCAAUAGCUCCUUUAAUUCCUGUCAUAUUUCGCUCACUUGUAAUACCUGAAAUUCCCCUUCAGAUACAUGUAUUGAGAUGACAGGUCCAUGCAUGCAGUGCAUAACGUUUUCUUAAUUAUUAAGGUUGCCUUGAUUGUACUUAAAGAAGUAUAUAGAAUAAAGUGUAUUCUUUUUGGCUUGAAACUUGCUGCUUCGCUUUUCCCUAAUGCUUGGUUUGUUAUCAUUGCUGGUGGUAGUAUUAGAGGUAUGUUUUGUCAAUUCUAACCUGCAUAUUUACUAAAGGAUGUUCGUUGAAACCUGGAAUCCACUUAUACAAAUAUGGUAGGCUCCUGGAAAUAUUCUAUUGGAUGCUGGCAAGAUCCACAAGGUCCUGGGAGUUAUUAGAGAGGUUAAGAUACCCCGGUUUCGGUGUACGGGUACGAGUAGCAUGAUUUUGGUUAGCAAUAUUUUCGUCGAUGUCUGUACCUUUACUCGUAAUUAAGGUGCACAUUUUUCGCAUCAUAUCAUUGUCUAUUGCAAGAAAACAGAAAAGUAUGAUCGAAUUACAGACAUCGGUAAAAACUAGUAAACACGAUGACACUACUCGUACCCGUACACCGAAACCGGGAUAUCUUAACCUCUCUAAUAGUAGAAUUUUACACGAUCCUGUGAAGAUCGUGCAUUAUAGGACCCCGAUGGGAAUGUGGAGUGAUUCUACUAUCACAUUGUAAUGCAACCACAAUCCUGACAAGAGAUUUUUUCUAGUAUCCUGCCUGGAUCAUAUAAGGUUCUUGUUGCGGGAUCCUAAUAUUCUCUUAGGAUAUUAUUUAGGAUUUCUACCAGGGAAAUUCAGUUUGUGCCAAUAAAUAAUGUAAUCAAUCAAUUUUAGUCAUAGAUUUAUAAUUUUUUCAGGUUGCGGUAGUAUGGUGCUUAAACCUUUUGUUCAUCAAAUCGUUGGACUCGGAACACCUCGUAUUGAGUUUCACCGACCUACUUUGUAAGUUUUCAACACUAAAUUUCGUUGUUUGAUCCCCCAAGGGGUGGGUAAACCGUCUCAAAAAAAGACAAAAGGGAUUAUUGGAAAGUUUUGAAAAAGGGGGACAUUGAUAAAAAGGGGGUGGGGCUUGAUUGAAGCAUAACUUUAAAUUAACAGUAGGAUCCCGGCAAAAUUAAAAGCUUGCUAUUAAUGAUUUAUGUGCCGUUUUCUCAUUUAUUUAGCACGACAAAAUUCUCCAUUCUGAUGAGUUGUGUUUUCACCCUGCAAGUGAAAGGCAUGUUGAAUGUCAACCUCUCCAGCUUGUCACUAAUAUUCACAGUUCUCAUGCUCACAUUUCAACUGCUCUUUCUCUUUACCGACCAAACUGAUCCUCUCGCCCCUCUCGAGAACAGCCUUGCUGCGAUUUUCUUGCGUCAUCCUGAUCAAACAGCCAGUACAUCGGGCAAUGAACGAAAGAAAAAAUCGGAUUGA